AUCUGCCCAUCACAUCAACUCAACUCAUUUCUACAACUACUCUUCGAUUGUCAACUAUGAACCAAGUUCUCAGCAUCACCAUGAAAUUCAUGGAUCUCCCUGCCGAACUGCUGUUACACAUCUUUGGUCAUCUAGACGUAUACGAUCUGGUCCGAGCACGCAAAGUAUGCAGCGAUAUUCGACAACUCAUUGACUCUUCCUCGGAGCUUCAAUACUUGAUCGACAUUCGAUACUACAAUACGAUUCCGUCCUCGCUGCCUGGCUGCGACAGCGCCAUUGCAACACGUCGUCAAUUGCUUCGCAACAGCGAAACUGCGUGGCAAAAAGUCGAAUACUCUCAAAGGAAUUCCAUCCCAUUGUCUUACUCUCCCGACAAUUACCGUUGGUCGUGCGGCAUUCUUGGAAUCCCAGCAGAAGCUCUCGCACAGAUAAAGUUCGUCCAGGCCACACUAUCAGAUAAAGACACCCACACCAUGAACUUGCGACAAUGCAUCUGCAAAAUAGACAACACGGCUUUCGAGGGUUAUAGUUUUUCGCCCACACAGGACCUCGUAGCUAUCCUUUCCAGAACACUCCGUGGAGAGAGUCAUGCGUAUGACAUCUCUUUCAGAUCACUUUCCGAGGAUAAAGUUCAUCCUGACGCUGCAUUCCCCCUCUUGAAAGCACUCGACAAUCAAAUUCAUCCAGAGCGCUUCGACUCCCCCUAUACGCAAACCAUGAUCUUCGGAGACUAUUAUGGCUUGUUCUGCAAAUUUGCUCACAAAGAAGAUGAUAGUCUGGUCGAUUAUUUGCAAAUUUGGAACUGGAAGUCCAAGGAUGCUUUUCAGUGCCUCGAGGUUUUUGACGCGUGGUCCGGAACGACGAACUUCAGUUUUCUAACCAACGAUAGGAUUCUGGUCGCCAAUUCCAGUGAACUACAGUUGUUCUCCCUCGACCCAGCCGAUUCGGCCAAUGCGAUCCGGCUCGUUGCCAAAUUCUCCUUCCCUGCACUGCGGGACCCCUUCAUCUUUCACUAUAUCACCUUCAACCCUAUUCCGUUCCACACCAGCACUCAUAACCAACUCAUCGCUGUCAACAUGUGCAUGUCAGCGCCCACGACCGAUACAACCCCUUAUUUCACCUUCUAUAUCGAGCGGAAGACUAUCUUGGAGCUCGAAUCCACCUACAUCAGCCGUUAUGGAGAAGCAAGCCAAGAUUCUCCUAAUUUGCCUUGGUCUGCCUGGGGCCCACAGAACACCCGAUUCUUCGAGAACUCUUAUAGCUCUUGCAUCCACCGCAUCUUUGGAUUCCGUAGCGCGGAGUUGAUUGGUGAUCUCGUCUCUCAUCGAGGGGAUCUACAGGCACGAUCAUUACGCAUCCGCGACUUCAACCCUCAUAUGGUGACGGACUUCAAGGCUGGGAACAUCAUUUCGCAUCAACGACUUGUCGAAGGCGAAACACCAAAUUCUGCCCUUUUCUUGGAGCCUCUGGGACCUGGCCUCCCGUAUCUCGAGACGAUUUCUCAGGAAAAAUUCCUUGCGAGUGAUAUGACCAUGGAAGCAAACAGGAUAACGUUGUUAUCCCUCAAAGGAAAUUUGUAUAAUGCUUCACAUAGCAUCGAAAUGCUUGAUUUCGAGUAAACAUUUACUACACUGAAACUGUUCAAUGUACUUCAUCAUUUCAAUAUAUUUGAUUGAUUUCUUCCUGAUAUUGUUGGAAAUUCGGAUGCGCUUCGUGUUGCCAUUACAUCAACAUUCUUUCAUCGUCCUCAGCUAGACUGGCUGGUCCUCGUAACUUUGUUUCAGCAAUUAAUUGACCUGACAAGAAAUGGACGUGCUUUACACUACUAAUAGGAUGUUUUUGGUUACAUCAACUGAGACUUCUACUACGCAGAAUUCAGAGUCACAAAGCUAGUCGUACGCUC